AGUGUCGUUUUUCUGAAACGACACUCAUCUCUGACGUUUUAAUAAAAAAAAUGCUGCUUUUAACAAGAGGAGACAUUAGGAGCUCACACUGGUAGUGGCGCUUGCAGCAUUGUUCGUUCUUCUUGGCUGGGGCUUUCAUCAGAUUACGAGAGCACGAUUAGUUGAAAGAGAGAGAUGGCGAAUCAAGAACCAGUGAAGCAACUUGAGGAUUGUUCUGUUUCCAAUGCAUUGGGUACAUGGGUGUUCUCAGUAGCUGGAGCUUUGCUUGCAAUUCCAGUAGGGAUUAAACGAAAAUCUUUGGCACCCCUUGUAUUUUUUGGCACAACUGGGACAAUGCUUGAUAUUAUCAUGGGAAUCACAGCCUGUGAAAGAGAACAUGCAGAACGCCAAAUGAAACUAUUGGAAAACCAAAAUUCUGCGGCAGAUGCUUCAUUAGCUGAAACAGGAUCCCAGUCUUGAUAUGGUUAUGGCCAAGUUCCUUGAAUGCUGGCAGUUUGUUUUUCUUGCUUAACUUGAAAAGAUAUUCCUUUCUGAGUAUUUGAGUCUCCGCAUGUUACUUUGUUUUGACUUCAUGUUCACUCAUUUCAUGGGAAAGCCAGUGACUUUGAAGUUGUUUUCGACAUAAUUUGUCCAUAUAAAUUUACUACUGAAUAAAAAUCACUUGAUCAGAAGGGUUAAUUCAGAAUCCAGAACCCUUUCACUUCA